AUCGACGCAAAGGCAAACGUCGACGUUUCGGAUCCAGUUUCUAUACAUACUUCUACACACACUGCCUCCAAAAUCAAAAGUGUAUCAUGUCGCAGUUGAAAACGUUUCCUCUGGCAGUUUUGAUUUGUUGCUUGUGUACUAUAGUUUUCGUUCUUCACUAUGCGGAAUGGAGACCCACGAUUAUCAAGACCUACAUUUGCGACUGGAUGCCAUCGUCAGAUGAGCAGCAGCAGCCGGGUUCUACCGCCCGGGUUCCGGAUUACCUGAAAAUCCCGGGGUUCAAUAAGACGUUCGGAGAAGAUUCUGAAGAAGACGAAAGGCUGUUGAAGCAUUUGCGGAACACGGUUUUGUGGCCGCCGUCUUCCAAGCCGUACAAUUUAUUGCGGAAAAAUGUGCAAGAGAAUUCGGAAGGCAGUUUCAUCACGAAGCACGUUAUUCCCAAGUACUUCCCAACGUUAGAAGGAGGGGUUUUCUUCGAAGCCGGAGGUUUGGAUGGAGAAACAUUGUCCACAACUCUGUACCUGGAGCGAUUCAAGAACUGGACAGGAAUGCUUGCAGAAAUGAAUCCCCUGGGAAUUGACAGGAUUGUGCAGAAAAACCGGAAAUCCUGGCUCGCCCCCGCCUGCCUCUCGCCAACAAAUACUCCUUCCAGGGUCUGCGUAAAAAUUUGCAUUUACGAGGUUCCUUGCUACCCAGUCACAGCGUUGCUUUUGGCUGCGAAUUUGGAUUCCAUCGACUUUUUCAGCCUGGAUGUCGAAGGACUGGAACUCAAAGUGCUCAAAACCAUCGACUUUCAAAGGAUCAAAAUCAAAGUGAUUCACAUGGACUUGCUUCACACUGAAGAAGGAGAACCGGCUGUGCAUGAUUUUCUGAAAACCAAGGGAUUCAAGCAUGUUCAUGGACGUGAACUCCUCAGUUCUGAAGCAACAGAAGAAGGUGUGAUCCAAGAAAGAAUCACCAAGGGUGAAGUGACUCAUGCCAUGGCUUCACUGCCACCUUGUAUAGACAAACAUCCCACUCUUGUGAUGGCCAACAAUGAAGCCAGGGUCAUCAUUAAGCAGGUCCCCAGAUUGGAAACCUGUGAAAAAGUUGAAAACAGAGAUGAUAUCUCUGAUGCCAUGAGCUAUGGCUUGGGCUGUGACAAAAAUAAAAUAAUAAAUAAAGCUGCAUCUCUGAAAUCAUCCAGAGGCAGCAGCAAAACCUUUUCUGCCAGGACUAGCAAGAGAAGCAGUUUGGCAGGAAGUAAGAAAGUAAGCAGAAAGUCUUCUGACAAAUCCUUGGACAGUGGCUCAAGUACUAAGCUGCCAAAGGGGAAAUCUUCAAGGAAUUCUCGCGGUAGUUCUCAGAGGAGUAGAAAGUCCUCCAGGGCAACACCAGCUAGGGGUUCCAAAAUAUCAUCAAUCCAUGAAAGCCCUGUUCUUGGGAGUGCCCAGGGCUUGAUCAGCCAUGGAGCCAAAAAAGUUGAUGAAUUAGCCAGUGCCAUGAAGGGAGAAAUUGAAGAUGUCCCAUGCAAAUUAGCUGAGAAAACUGAAAACGCCAAAUCCCUCAUUGAUAAUACUACUGAGGGCAUCAUGAAACAAUCCAAAGAGGCUGUCAUGCAAGGACAAUCAGUUGUGGAAGGCGCAGGGAAUUCCGUGCAUGCUGGGGCAAUGAAUGUGCUACAGGGGGCCAAAGGUGCAUUCGAUCCUGAGGAUAAGUUGGCUUCAGAGGCCAGCAAAUCUAAAGGAAGUAGGUCCUCAAAUGACCACCACAAAAGGGCAGGCUGUGAUGAGUAUGACCCAACUGCCUUCAUAGCUAAAAUGUCUGCUGGAGCAGAUGACCCCAAGUCUGAUGAUGAGCACCAAGAUGACUCCAAGAAGCUGCAGCCAAAAACCAGGGAGCUAAAUUUGUCUGCUCCAGAAAUGGAACAGAGAACAAUUUAUGAUGCCCUUGUCAAUGAUGAUCAAGAGAAGAAGCUUGCCCAAAAGCCCUCUGGGGAGGGUGUCCCAGAUAUGCACACCCCCAGUGAGUCCAUGAGCAGUGUAGCUGCAGCACCCAAGGACAUCACUGCCGGUGUGAAAGCUCCACAUCCUGGCAACCCUACCAUUGAUCACUUGUUCACUACCACAAACAAUUCCAACAAAAAACGAAGUUCAAAAAAAGCAUCUCAUCAUGGAUCCAUGCCCAAAGAUGCACCUCCCAGGAAUGAUGCUGAUGACUUCCACGAAAGCAGUCAAAACAAAACUCCCAAAAAUCCACCAGAUGUCAUCGCUAGUUCCCAGAACUCCAAUUCCGCGGGUGAGUCUUCAUCUACCUCUUCAAUGCAACUACCUGCAGAUAUCCGGGGAGAUACCUCGACAUUCAAGAAGACCAAGCGUCAAACUGAGGCUGAACCCUACAUGAACCCUGGGGGAACCAUAGUAACCUAUGGCAACAAAGACGGCCAUAAAGAUAAGAGAAAACGCGUCGUUCGCAAGCCAAAGGUAAAAGCCUCCGAUCAAGAAGCAUUUGAGAGACCUGUGCCAGCACCCAGCAACUCUUGGGCUGAGUCCCCCUAUGAAGAUGUCGGUCCUCCACCAGUUGAACUUACUCCUGAGCAGAUAGAGCAGAUUCAACUGUAUCAGGCUGCCCAACAAAACCAAGAUCAUGAAUUCAUUGAACAUAACUUUCCUGAACUUGGUGAACAGCCUGAGCAAAAUGACAACUUGGCUCUUGAUGUUCCAUCCACAGUGCCUCAAAACCAGCCCAAUGCUCGUGUCCAGAGAAAAUCCAGCAAGUCCAAGAGUCCACAUAGGAGAGCGAGUCAUGAUAGGGCUGGAGCAGACAGCAAUAAGAAGCCUAAGCAUGGCAAGAAGCCCAGAGUUUCCGCCAGUGAUAAUGAUGAGGAUGAGCUUGAUGAUAUGGACGUUUCUUCCAAAUCUAUGGCUGCUGAUAUUCUCAAGUCACUGUAUGAUGGUGCUGCCAACUUAGUAGAAGCAGCAAAGGAAUCCACAGCCCAAAUAAUGACAUCUACAGAAGCCAGGGUCUCUGACACCAUUGAAACAGCUGAGGAAACAGCAGCUGCAGCCAGAACCAAGGCAGCUGAUGCUGCAACCACCAUCCAAAAGAAGGCCAAAAAAACAACUGAGAGUGUGCAAGAAAUGACCACAGGCAUGAAGGAUGGUAUCUACAAUGCUGGAGCCACUGCUGCCAACAUCAUCACAACUGCAAAGGACACUGCUGCACAUGCCACUCAAAAAGUCAUUCCCAAUAAUGACCCUCAGGAGGAAGCAACAACAACUACAACAAGUCAACCUCAAAAAGAAAAGCGCAAAUCAUCCAAAGGAAGACGCUCAGGAGCGGGACAAGAUCAAUCACCCAGACCCAAAGCAGGGGCUGAUCCUGAUCCUCUCAGUGAUAAAACCAGACGCCAAAAGAAAUCCCAGCACCACUCCAAAGAAGACACCAGACGCUUGGCCGAAGAACCUCAAAGUGAGCCAAUGAGUGAAAGACGUGAUGACAAACAUCAAGAAAGAGUCCACGGUGAACAUGACUUGCGAAACAAAGAACCCACCACUAGACAAACUCCAGACAUUAUUCACCACAACAAAAGUAAAGAGGGCAACAUUGACCACGCUCCUGACCUUCGAGGUCAAGCUAAAGAAACAGCAAACGAAAUUGCUAGGUCUGUCAGAAAGGCGUCAAAUCCAGAUCACGAAGAAAAACAUGACAGAGCAGGAGAAGAUCCUCAGGAGAUUCCCUACAAAAUCGCUGAAAAAGCCCAGAAAUUAUCCACUGAAGUCAUGCACAAAGUCAGCAGUAAGACAGAUGACACCGUCCAAAAAAUCGUUACUAAAGUAGAAACCCUCAAAAAGGAAGCAGUGGAUAUGGUUCACGAUACGAUCAAAAAAGACGAACACGCCGAAAAGAAGCCCAGUGGAACCGAAGACUUUCACAAGAGAGCAGGAGCUGAUUCUGAACCCAUCGAUGAUCACAUCCAGAGAGCUAAAAACACUGCUGAAGCCGCAAGAGAUGAGCUACGAAAUCAUGUCAACAAAAACGCGGAAAAAGCAUCCGACAUGAUACACGUCGCCAAGAGUGACGUCAACGAAAAGGCACAGAACCUGAAAGACAAAACCAAGAAACUAAUCCAGGAGAUCAAGCCCGAAGACGAGAAAAAGAAACCUUCGGAAGGCUCUAGGAGUGAAGCCGGAGAAGACGGACACAGAAGUAAACCUUUGUCCAACCAGAUGUCGCACCCUAAGAACAGCGCACAGGCCGCAAAAGGGACCUCACUCGCAACAGCAGCAGAAAAUGCCAACAAUCCGUUACAUAACGCUGAAAAGCUUCAAGACACCGUGAUCAAUUUGGGUUCCCAUGAAAAGAGCCCAGGCGAAAAUGACCAUCACCAGAGAGCCGGGGAAGACAAGCCAGUAAAAGACCACGCCCAGAAAAAGCACAAAAAUGAUGAAAUUCACAGUGAGCCCAUGAGUGAAACUAAAGACAAAAAACAUCAUGAGCAAAGAGCACAUGCAAAACAUGACUCACACCAUAGAGACACUCACGAAAGGCAAACUCCAGAUCUUAUGCAUCAUUCAAAAGAAAAAUCUCACGACGGAAAUGACAAAAUAGCUCCUGACCUCGAGGGACAUGCGAAAGAUAUCGCCGCAGACAUUGUCAAGUCUGUCAAAAAAGCUUCUGACCCCGAUCAUGAAGACCACGAUGAACACCGAAGAGCUGGAGAGGAUCCCUCAAGUCACAGCAUUGCGAAAAUCGUUGAUCAAGAAAAGCAAUCAACAAAAGAAAAGGCAACAGAUCUCAUGCACAAAGUCAAGGACAAGGCGGAAGAUGCGGCCCAUAAAGUUGGAUCAAAACUGGGAGAAGUAAGAGAAAAAGGCAUAGAUGUGGUUCACGACGCUGCGAAGAACGUUGAAAAGGAAACUAAAGACAGCAAAAACAAGCAUCGUACAGGAGCUGGUGCUGACAAUGAGGACAAAAAGGAGAACGAAGAGAAAAGACCAAGUUCAAGUGGUAGCAAGACUCGUCAUUUACAUCACAAAGCAAGAACCCUAGAGCAACCCUCGCCCAAGGAUUUUACCCAACAUGCCAUUCAACAAGAUCAAAAAUCAAAUGAUAUCGACAUCCACUCAAGUCAUGAUGAUCAAGGUAUCUUCGAGAAGGCUGCAGGAAUUGCUUCUGAUGCCAUUCACGCAGUUCAGAAUUUUGCUACGCACGCAAGCACUGAUACCGCAGAUGCGAUUAACUCACAAAAGGACAAUUUAAAACAAACUGCCGAAGAUGUGCAAAAAGGAGUUAAAGACAAUCUCUCAUCCAUCAAUAAUUCUGUGGAUUCGGCUCUGAAAAAAUCAGAAGAUGCAAAACAAACUGCACAGGAAAUCAAGCAGCAUUUGACUGAAACUGUGCAAAGUAAAGUCGAGAAGGUGGAAGCAAUUGCCAAGGAAGAACUAGACGCAGCGAAAGAUUUAGUCAAGCCAAAGAGGCGAGACAGUGUGAAAAAUAUUGUGGAGGAUGCGGUUGCUGAAAAAUCAAUGACAGCCUCAGAAUGGCUCAGUGAGAAGGCCGAAAACAUUGUUGAAGCUGUUCAUCACGCCGAAGAAGUCGUGAAGGAUCAACUAGGUCAAUGCUUGGUGAGGUAUUUAACAAUGCCAACACUGACCUCGGUCACGUGGAAAAACUACGAAGCUGAGGAUACGCCUGCGAUCACCAUUUGCGCAAUGCCUUCUUUUCACCCUGACAAAUGGACGACAUUUUUCGACCAGUAUUCAGGAGGUCAAGAAUUGAUCAAUAAACCUUACGUGUCUGCUCCGCAAAUGUACAAUUUGGCGAAAAUUAAUGCAUCUUAUUUGGACGAGUUUUUCCGCUUUGUCGCAAUGCCGGUUGUUGCUCAGGUCACUUAUUGCGCUUUCGGGGCCACGGACAACGAAUGCAAACCAUAUCCUGGUGCAAAAGGGUUAUUCUACAAUUGGGAAUCUGGAAACUCGUCCCUGAUAGACACACCAAGUGGAAAGUGGAUAACUAGAAUGAUUGAAGAAAACAUCGGCCCUUUCGACGACAACAUCGGAAAAUGUUCGACACUGGUUGGCAGAAACCUCACUUUAAAGCACGGUUUACACAACAGAAUCAUCAUUGACCUCGACUCCGGCAUCCGAAGACCACCGCUGUACAAUUACAGAUCAGGAAGCUGGAACGAAUGGCUUACGAAGUCUGACUGGUUGACGACAUCCUGGUCCUUGUACAUUCACGAAGUCAAAGAAGCCGUCGGAAGUUACGCUUUGGUCAACGAAAUCGAGAGGCUGAAAAUAAAUUUUGACACCAUCACGGACGUGACAUUUACAACGGAAAAAUACGUCACCUUGUCCAAGGACGAUCAGCUUUGCAACGACGAUCCAAGCUACAGAUUCAAGCAGCCGAGGGAAUGUAACAUGAAGGACACCCGAGAUGACAUUGAUUAUGGUUUAGUAAAAGCAAGUUUAUUCACCAGAAAUGGAAGCAGGGCGUUUCAGGAUGCAAUGGAUAAUUGCUGUGCUAAACCUUGCACUUAUUACAGCUACGUCUACAAAAAAGCCUCAGAGAUGAGAAUGCUCGGCGUUAGACCAGCUGAGGAUUCAUACAAGGCAAAAAUCCGCAUCGGAAUCGGAGACAGUCGCGUCAAGGUGGUGGAAGAACAUUUGGCUUACGAAAUGGCGCAGUUUUUGGGUGAACUCGGAGGAAUUUGGGGACUCUUUUUGGGCGCUUCUGUCGUCAACGUCUUGGCCCUGCUUUACGCUUUCUUUCUGCAAACAGCACACACAAAAUUAUCCACUGCUGAAGGCAGGAAGGCUUGAAUUUCAACGAUUUUCGAAUCAAUUCCAUCACCUUGGCGUACAAACCAUCUGAGCACUAAAACGGAAAUGCAGACGAAUCAUCAACGCUUUUCCGGUAUUCAUUUAUAAACAAAGUACCAGCUCAUUCACACGGAUUCAUUCAGUUGCAUAUUUUCAACUC